ACAAACUGCUUAACCCCAACAUGUCUCCUCCUAAGGACACUUCUACCUCUCAGAAAGCAGAAACUCCACAUCAACAAAACCAAUCAAAGCAAAAUAAUAUUCAAGAAAGAUCAAAUCUUUCCAAUCUCCUUUUUCCUUCUUUUCUUUAUCAUCUAUAAGACUAUAACCCUCCCUCCUCUUGAUCAUAACUAAUUCUUUCUUUCUUUCUUGGUGUCUUUUACAGGUAAAGUAGAGUUAGCUAGAUUGGUUAAGCUUUCGAUAUUAUCUUGAGACAAAAAUGUUGGAGUACGAAUGGGGAAACCCAUCAGCAAUAAUGCUAUCAGGAGACGAUGAACAAGCUGCGAGCAACCAAGAAGUACAGCACCUAAAUCGUCAAGCCAACAUUUUCGAUCACUACACCACUCACUCUUUCAACGACAACAACCUCAUCCCUCAACAAACCUCUUCAAACCUAAUGUUUCAGAACCACCCCACUGCCACCAACUCUGCACAUCAUAGUUUCAACUCUCUUUUCGACCCUCGAGCUUACACCGGUUCCGGUGCCCCCUCUUAUUCCGCCAACCAUCCCUCACUUCUUUCCCUUGACUCAAUCCCAACAAUCACAUCAGUUACAACUGCAUCCCCUUAUUUCCUUAUACCAAAAAACGAGGAAAUUUCUCGGCCUUCUGAUUUGAUCACUUCAAGGAUAGGACUGAAUUUAGGGGGGAGAACUUAUUUUUCUUCGGCUGAGGAUGAUUUUGUGAAGCGGCUAUACCGCCGGUCUAGACCCCUUGAUCCCGGUUCUUCGUCAAAUGCUGUAAGAUGUCAAGCUGAAGGGUGCAAUGCUGAUCUUACCCAUGCUAAACACUACCAUAGACGCCAUAAAGUCUGUGAGUUUCACUCUAAAGCUUCUACUGUCAUCGCAGCCGGGUUGACUCAGCGAUUCUGCCAGCAGUGUAGCAGGUUUCAUAAUCUCUCGGAAUUUGAUAAUGGAAAGCGUAGUUGCAGAAAGAGAUUGGCUGAUCACAAUCGUCGCAGGCGAAAAUCACACCAAGUUAAUCAAGAAAAUCAGAGAUCACAGCUAGAAAAUGCUGCUAAUACCUCAUCUGAGAUUCUCACAAGGUCUCCACCGGACUCCGGUGCUCACUCCACUUCAUCGGCGACUACCGUAGCUAUAUCGCCACCUCGAAUGUCUUUGGAUUGUUUCAAGCAAAGAGCUUAUCAAGCUACGGCUCCCUCUUUUACAUCAUCAAGCUCACCUUUUAUCUCGAGAGGGUAGAAAGGGUCAAUGAAAUGAAGAAGGAUUUAGUCGAUUAACUAAGCAGUAACAUAUUAGUGUUGCUCUCAAGUGUUAUAUAUUUACUUUUCCUUCUUAACCUACCCUCUCUUUAUUGAUUAUUGUUCAUUUAAUGCUCACUCUUAGAUUGUGUUAGUAAAAUCAAAUGUAGUAUCUGCUCUCUGCUAAUGUUUUUUCUCUCCUCAAACGAUAAAAUAACUAUUUAUGUAGAAUACCUUCCAUAUGUUUUUCUGUAUUUA